UAAAGCUUCACUCUCUCACUUUUCUUUGCAUAAAAAAGUAAAGGUUUCAGUAGAUUUUUGAGGAGGACAUGCUGGCAAUGGAAGAGGUACUGUGUGAACUUAGUGAUCAUGAAAAGAGAAACGAGCAAGGUCUGCCACCGGGUUUCAGGUUUCACCCCACUGAUGAAGAACUCAUAACCUUUUACCUCGCUUCAAAAGUCUUCAAUGGCACCUUCACCACCGUCAAGUUUGCUGAGGUUGAUCUCAAUAGAUGUGAGCCUUGGGAACUUCCAGAUGUGGCGAAGAUGGGGGAGAGAGAGUGGUAUCUGUUCAGCUUGAGGGACAGAAAAUACCCGACCGGACUUAGAACAAACAGGGCGACCGGAGCUGGGUACUGGAAAGCCACUGGGAAGGACAAGGAAGUGUUCAGUGCAUCAAGUGGAACCCUACUUGGGAUGAAGAAGACCCUUGUUUUCUACAAAGGAAGGGCCCCUCGUGGGGAAAAGACCAAAUGGGUCAUGCAUGAGUACCGUUUGGACGGUGACUUUUCCCUUCCCCACCCUCACCCUCAUCACAUCUCAAAGGAAGAGUGGGUGAUAUGCAGGAUAUUUCAUAAAUCCGUGGAAAAGAGGACUCCACUGCUCCAGGUUCAAGGGCAUUCAGAUGCUUCUUCUUCACCAGCAAAAAAUUCUUUACCUCCUUUACCUCCAUUGGAACUAGAACAACUAGAACACCAAACUCACCUCUCUCAUUCUCACCCUUAUCUUUUCCCAUUGCAUGCAUCACCGCAACUCACUAACACCAGAAACCAUACAUCAUUUUCUGACCUAUUCUUCAAGCCCCCCCCGCACCUCUCACAACAACAAAACUGCAUCCUCAAGGAAAAAACAGCUCCGAAAGUAAUAAAAACGGAGGAGGCUACAGCAUUGUAUCAGUACCAUUUACUAGGUGACAGUAACAACAACCUGCGGUUGAACCAAAAUCCAAGUAAUUUCCCAAACCCUUUCGGUGAUGUUGAGGUGGAUGGUGGUGGGUUGUUGAUGGCAUUCUCAGGAGGUCCAAAUGGUGAAGUUAGGGACAUGUCCACUUCGACAGCCUUUAAUAGGGUGGUAGGGUUGCAGCAGCUCAUAGAUGCUGCUCAUAUCGGAAUAGAUUCUUGGCCUCUGGCCCAGCAUGUUUAAAAUGUCUGUAAUAUAUAUUUAUUCACAUAUAUAUUUACUGCUCUAUAUACAGACCCCUCAGAUAUUCUGCUACCUUAUGUAUUUGUUUUGCGUAACAUAUAUUAAUUA